AUGUCGGAAUGGAGCGGAUUUAUCUACGCCUCUGCCGCCCCUUUACCCACCUUCAGUCGACGGACGCAGGGUGAAAAGGAGUGGCAGCGCCCCGAGACUCCCCCACGAUCCAAUUCGGCCUCACAAGACCCCAACCGCAGUCGACGUCCGUUUCGACACACGAGGACGUCCAGCGGCAGCCAGGGUAGCCGCUCGUCGCACGAGUCGUCCCUGCUGCAUUCCAGCAGCCCCGCCGUGGGGGAAGACGACACCCAUCACUCUCGUCCUCAGUCCAAGGUGGUGUCAUCUGACUCGCGCGUGCCUACCGUGAGCUCUUCCAACAAAUCUCUCCUGAGCCUUGGGACAGGCAGCACAGCGUCGUCCAUCUUCUUCAACCGACCUCUGGUGGCCGCCGACAAGAACCGCCAGCGCGACCGUCAGAUUCGCCAUCGUCGCCCCGAGACCCCUUCGUCUGCUUCUGUUGAUCUGAAAAAUGUCGCCAUGUAUUCCGAGCUGGAUGCCAGUAACAAGCCCAUGUCGGGCGUCACCAAGCAGAUAAACCUUUCCUUUCCACGAACCGACUCUGUAUCAUCGGCCAGCGGCACCACGAUACUAUCAACACACACCAUGACCUCAACUGACCCUGCCAACUCGACCGAGAACCCCGCUACAAAACCCUUUGUCGUCCGCAAUGGACGCACCUACUUUAACGACCCUGGGGCGGCCUAUCCUCUCCCCGCCGACCUGACCGAGCUCCAUCGACAGUCGCUCCGAACGCUGCUCUUGAUACAAGUCUAUGGCGCGCCCGUGGUUACCCCGUCACUACGGGUGAAUCCGCCACAGCGCGUGUUGGAGCUGGGAUGUGGUACUGGGUUUUGGAGUAUGAUGUGCCACCGGUACUUUAAGGAGCGAGGCCACAGCGGGAUCUCAUUCACAGGCGUCGACAUCGCGCCCCUGGCCCCGGGGAGCCCUGGGUCACCAGCCGAGCUUUGCAAGCCCGACAAGGACAUGAAUUGGCGGUUCGUCCAGCACGAUCUUCGUCAGUUCCCCUGGCCUUUUGCAGAGGAAGAGUUCGACCUCAUCAUGGUCAAAGACUCGUGCAUGAUGGUUCCAAGUCAUGUCUACCAGCUCUUCAUCGAGGAGUACCUACGCAUGCUCAAGCCUGGCGGUGUGAUUGAGAUAUGGGACAGCGACCCGACGUUCCGUAUGCUUCGGCCACAUGUACCCAGCGCGGUACCCGGUUCCAAUGAAGCAGAGGAGCAUGAAGCAGCUCUGGACCUCGGCGCCUAUCUGAUGACACCAAAGACACCACUCUCAGCACCACUGAACGCAUUUCUAGUCGAGUACAAUACCUGGUUAUCACGUGCUCUCGAAGCUCGGCAACUUUCGCCUGUGCCUUGCUCUCUCAUCAAGGCCUACCUCAUGCAGGAAGCCGAGAUUUUGACCGAGAUCCGAUCGAAGCGGUUGGCUAUUCCCCUAAGCGAAGUCCGAUGGGAGCGAGAGGGCGUCGGCGGUGUUGUGACCAAGGACGGCAAGUCGUACGUGGAGAUGAAGGCCAAGUCAACGCCGCACCAAAAGGUCGAAAAGAAGACCUUGACAGCAGGGCAAGCCGCGCUGCGCAAGACUGCUCUCCUGACCGCUGCGCAGCUGGUGCAGGCGCUUGAACCGAUUCUCCGAGAAGCAAGCGGCAAGAGCCAGGAUGAGUGGGAUGUCUGGCUCAGCAAGAUGAUGGCGGACCUUAUGAGCGAGAGUGGGACAAGUUGGGGAGAGUGCUUGGAGGUGGGAGCAUGGACAGCGAAGAAGAGACUCGUUCCCGCUGGUUAA